CAUACUUGUUUCCUUGAGUAUUGAGAAAAUGCCUCGGUCCUUAUUCUGCGUUAGCCAUCCGUUGUCCUCCUGUUGACUGCCACGCCCCUCCCAAAAGAAUGUUCGCGUGUGUCCCUGUGGGCUUUCCGUACGUACUGUUUUGUUUUUUUGUUUUUUUUUUACCCGGAAGAAGAACACGGUCUCCGUGACGUCAUUGAAAGCUGUAAAAAUGGCGGAGUUGGAGGAGGAGGUGGACGUCCUGGUGCAGAGAGUUGUCAAAGACAUUAACAACGCCUUCAAGAGGAACCCUAACAUUGAUGAAAUCGGUGUGAUCCCAUGUCCAGAGGCGCGCUACAAUCGCAGUCCCAUCGUGCUGGUGGAGAACAAGCUUGGUGUUGAGAGCUGGUGUGUUAAGUUCCUGCUGCCGUAUGUUCACAAUAAGUUGCUGCUCUACCGCCAGCGCAAACACUGGUUAGACAGGGAGGCUUUAGUGGAUAUCACCUGCACGUUGCUGCUGCUUAAUCCGGACUUCACCACUGCAUGGAAUGUCAGGAAGGAACUUGUACAGUGUGGAGUUCUUCACCCUGAAAAAGACCUCUAUCUGGGUAUGCUGGCCCUCACCAAGUUCCCCAAGAGCCCAGAGACAUGGAUACACCGUCGCUGGGUGUUGCAGCAGAUGCUGCAUCAGUUCUUUGCUGUGGGCGAGAGCAGUAAGCAGCAGCAGCAGCAGCAGCAGCAGCAGCAGAAUGGUGAAGCAGCACAGGCUGAUGGAGAGAGGAGCCACCAGCUCAGUGAUCAUCUGGCCAGGACACUCCACCAAGAGAUGAAGGUGUGCUCUGACGCUGCCUGCCGCUAUCCCAGCAACUACAACGCCUGGUCCCAUCGCAUCUGGGUGCUACAGCACAUGGCAAAGGGCAAUGUCAAGGUUUUCCACGACGAGCUGUCGUCGAUGCGUCUGUGGGUGUCCAUGCAUGUGUCUGACCACAGUGGCUUCCACUACCGCCAGUUCCUGCUCAACGAGCUGAUCACUGUGCUCUCGCACGCGGCAGCUCCCGCCGUCACCGCCGUUACAUCUUCUUCACCGUUCUGCUCCGGUCCAGUCCCCGGCACCGUCGUCCCCCACAGUCUCAGCCACGCCCACGCUAACGGCGAGCUGUCGGGAGCAGACACAGCAGCAGAGGAUGAGAGGCAACACAGCUGUACCACAGUCCUGCAGCUCUUCCACCAGGAGAUGGAGCUGUGCUCAGACCUGAUCCAGUCCUUCCCGGGACACGAGACACUCUGGAGUCACAGGCGACAUGUCUUUUACUUGUGGCAUCAGUGGAGGAGAGAGCAGCAGCCACACGGCAGCAGUAACGGAGGUAGCCGGCCCAUCCACCGUAACGACAGUGACCCGGGUCGGCCAGAGGUCGGCGAUGGAAGCCGCGCAGGCCGGACAGAGAGUGUGAACGGACAGAACCACACCGGUGAGCCCAUGGAGGUAGACGGGGUGUCCUCGUCUGACCCACACGACAGCAAGCGGCUGAAGAGAGGGGCCCCGCUGCCGAGCGCCACCCUGCCCUCCGAGCACGGCUUUGUGGGCGGAGUCCUGCGCGGUUGCUGUGACCCAGAGCAGAGACGUUUUGCCCUGGCGUACAAGAAGUGGUUAGACACCGUCAUCGCUCAGCAGCCGUGAGAGAGAGGAGUUAGCCGCGUCCUUCCUUAACAGACCAAGAGUUCUGAUCAGCCACUCACCUGUUGUAGUGCUGAGAGUAACUUAUAGUUUUUUCAAAUGUAGUAAAGACUGUGGAGCCUAGAUCCUGACGUACCCUUCUGAUGGUGAGUAAAGAGGAAGGUGACGGGUUGUUCUUCCUCAGAAACACGUGGAUUCUCUUGAGCUUCAUCUGAGCCAGUACUUCUUCAGAAUGGAAAUCGGUACAGAGUAAGCCACUUGGUUCCAUUGAUAGAUUCUGCUCUUGUUUCAGGUUCCGUAGUACCUCAGGACAAAUUUCCACCAUUUUUCUUUUGUUGUUGUUUUUUUGUCGCCAUCUUGGCGUCCGGCUGCGUAGCUCGAUUUUUGUUCAGAUAUUCCAGCAAACUGCUGCCGCAACAGGUGAGAGCUCAGCAGGAUUUACACUCGGCGUGACUCGCUGCAAACCACGCAUGAACAGAUUAUAUAUUUAUUCCUUCAGUCAGUUUUUGAAGGGUACGCUGAAAGCUUAGGAGAACGGGGUCUAGGGACUGACGUCAGUUCUGUAAUGUCUUCUGAAAAACUCUCUUACAACAAAUCCAGAGUUACUGCAGUUGAAUCAAUCAUGUAAUCAUUUAUAGAGCUCCGGUCGCUGACGGCACACAACCAAGGGAACGCCCUCAGACAGGAAAUGAUUCACUUCUACAGACAGACGUACACACUCGAGCCAUGAUUCUCAAACAUGUCUCAAACAUGUGUGACACAAUACUGUGUGAUGGCAGUGAUGUGUGUAGACAUGAGAAUAAGUUCAAUCAUAGUUAUCGUCACCUUAUCUCUUACUCCAUCUUUAGCUAAUUUCACUACACCAGUGUGUGUGUGUGUGUGUGUGUGUGUGUGAAGUAUAUGUGAGGAAGAGGAGGAGGAUGAUGAGAGAGCAAAGGGGAAUAAAUCUGCUCGACCUGUUUACACCUCUGGUGAUGACGGUUUUCUCCGGUGGCGUUUGGUUUAAAACGUUUGAGAGCCGCUGGUCAGUCUCAUGUCAUCAUACGAGUGAAGGUGGUGCAUGGAUGUCAGAGACAGUUUAGUGGAUCCACAGAAACGCCAUGAACCGUGUUUUACAGUGAGCCAAAGAAGACGGAGCGAAGGGAACAAACGCAAGCAACACAUUUCGUAUCCGUCUCUCGGUAAAUAGUGGACAUACUAGGUUUAUAAUUCUGAGUCGUGUGACGUCCAGAGCUCUGUAUCAGUGUGUGCGUCUUCAUGUCCGCUGUGUUGAAAUUCAGUGGCCUCACUUGUUGCAACGGCAGCUUGAAAGCACAGAGCCCUGAUCCUCAGAUUUCCAUUCUGAAGGCAGUUACUUUAUUAACCAUGUAUACUUUCUUCACUUUGCGUCUUCUCAUCCUGAUCCUCGGCUGCGGAUGUUGCUUUAUUUCUGGCCACUAAAUUUAGUCCUAAAUAUGGAGCUACAUGCUAAGUUAUAGUUGUGUUCAACAGGAAGCCUUGAAAACUGAUCUUUAGCAGACCUGUUGUUGUUGUUGUUGUUGGGGGACGGAUCUGAAGGACCGUGCCGGGGAAAAUGGCGUUUCCCUGAAAGCGAGCGUUGCUGCGCGUUGCUGCGCGUUGCUGCUACCACACUCUGUUACUUCUGUAUCGUUGCUUUUUAAAGGUCCAGUGAAGAAAAAGUGUUGACACCCGAUGGUGAGACUGCAGAUUAUGACAAAUUAAGACUCCUCUGCUCACCCUUCCCUUUCCUGAAGGUGUCGGGUAACUGCGGAGGUCUUCACGUCAUCAUGUCCAGCUGUAGUAUUAUUUGUUUAUAAGACACGUGAGGCUGCAGCGAAGAUUAUUUUCAUAUCUGUCAAUUAGUUCCUCAAAUCAUUGUUUGGUCCAUAAAAUAUCAGAAAAUCAAUGUUGAUGCAAAGAAUGUUCUCAAAUAUUUUGUAUUGUCCACGAACCCAAAGUUUUAAUAUUUUUAUAUAUAUACAUAUAUAUAUAUAGAGAGAGAGAGAGCAAAGAAACCAGAAAACAUUCACCUUUUAAGAGCAGAAAAACCUAGGAACUUGUUUUAAUUAUUAAACCGAUCAUUUAUCAAAAUAGGUGAUUGGUUGGUGAUUGGUAAUUGGUUAAUAAUCGAUUAAUCGUUGCAGCCCUUUAUUAAGAUGAUUAAUGUAAGAUGCAAAGUAUUCGUAAAGCGUUGUAAGAAAACACAGAACACACACUAGCUCUGUCUCAGCUCCUGUACAACAACAGACUCUGUUAAAGCACAACUCUUAAAGUACAUAUUUUAUUCUAAAGGCAUUUGCAUAAAUACACAGACGAGUGCAAAUAAUACCAAUUAAGUCCAGGAUCAGACCCCAGCCAAUCAUUGUUCAUCAGGGAGGUGGAGCAACGAGUUGUCAAUCAUUACUCACCGGGGUUCUGAAGUGUCUCCACUGUUUCUCCCCAACAAGUUGUUUUUUUUAACUUUGUCGUGGUCGAGGCAGAGCUACUGUUAACAGAGCUCAACACAACGUUCUUCAGUGUCACUGUUACACCUAACAUCAGCAGCAGCAGCAGCAGCAGCAUCGUCCCAGGGUGUCUUAGCUGCAUUAUCACUGAACAAAAUCUUUAUAAAAGUGUAAAUAACUGACACACAGAAGAAGAAAAACUAUGUAGCUGAUGUUUUAGGGAAACAUUUAGGGAAUGAAAUCUGACUUUGGUAGUAUAUUCAGUUUUUUGAAACCCUCCCUAAAUGUUACACACUGGACCUUUAAAAUAUUUCUCUUGUUAUUUUGCACUUUGUUAGAAACGAUUCGGCCGAGCUGCUUUUCACUGACAAAAGCCAGUGAGAGGAUUUCAUGCGGCUGAUUCCUGGUGUGGCUGAUACACGUCCGUCACUACCUUUGUAUUAAACUAAUAAUCAAGAAGGUCAAAGUGUUUUUGUGUUGAUGGAAGAAUUUGUAGCGCUACUUUGGGAGUUGUGUAACAUUGUGUAUCUGCACAGUUCAGAUGAUGAUGAUUGUGUUAUGAUGUUUUCCUCCGUCAUUGACAGGAGACGACACAGUCAGUGUAGCCGUGGUCACGUUUACCAUAUAAGAUGUAAAUAAUCAUCGGUGGCCUUAGUGCUGACUGGUGGAUGGUCACAGUGUGCUUCCAUAUUACCUGAACGAUGUUUAUUCACGAAGGAUCAGUGUGCGAUUGUCUUGAAACGUGUAUUUUUGAGCCGUGUACGUUUAAGUUCAUUCAUUCAUCCAGGAAUUGGUGCAUAUCCUAACUACGGUGGGGCAUUUUGACACCUUUGCAAACCCAGAACACAAACUUUAAAUCUAAAUCUAUCUAUGCAGAAAGGUUUUUAAUGGUUCAACAAGCUUUUUAAAGGAGAAAUGUAGCUUGUUUUCUGUCUUUCUUUUUUCUUUCCAAACGUAUUCAUCAGUAAACUCCAGUGGCAGGGUCUGUUCUAACAGCCAUAUUUACAAUCCUUUGUGUUGAGUUGUUUUCUCGUAUAAAGAUCAGUUAUCGCCAGGAGACGUGAAGAAAAAAGAACUUUGUUUUGUUGUGUGGUUACAUGUGGUGCUGACUUCAUUAAGCGCGUCAGCCUGAGACACUGGAAAUAUAGCUGAAAAAUGGAUCUUUAACACUUAAGAUGAGGGUCAGCCUGUAAAAUGUAAGGCUGCUUAUGUCUGUGAUAUCUUAUGUUAGCCGCUUUAUCUCCAUGAGACUGAACUUUGCAUUGUUUGCUCUCUGCACCGAAGCCCAUCGAGAAAUCAGUGAAUCAGUGAAGCUCCACAAGAGCUAAAAACAUAGAUUUUUCUCUGUGGACUUUGGUGUGGUUGCAUGAGCGAUUUAUAAACUUCAAUUUCCAGUUAGGAAAGGUUGCCCAACGGUGAGAACAUAACACUUAAGAUGUCAUAGCCUCAAGUACAUGUAGAUUUUCUAAUGUGAGCUUUAUUUUAAGUGGUUAAAAUCUUCUUUUUCCUUGUGUUUUCAGCGUCUCAGCACAGGGAGAAUCUGGUCAGUAUCUCAUGCAGCCUCACUUAAGAAAAAACCCUUAACUAUCCCUUUAGGUCAGGUCUUCUUUUGGCACAUCAUAGAUUGAAUCGAGAUCCUGCUUUGUCACAAACUUAAAGUGUAAAUAAUUAAAGUCUAAUAUUUAAUGUUAUCUGGAAGCGUGUGGUUGCAUUUUCAAAUCAUAUUUUACAAAGGGAGAUAAAGGGACACGUCAGUCACACCCCGCACAGUUUAACUUUAAUCUGUGGGCUAAAUUAGGGCUCUUAUUUUGUAAUAUGACUUAAAAUGCAUCCAAAACGGGUAAACGAGUGACUUAUGAUCCACUUUCAUAACAGAUAACAAUAUUAUACACAGGAGGAAGUGGUUCCUGUUUAUUAAGGGUUCACUGUCAGUGAGUGACAACAAACCCUGUUUUCUCCUCUAACAAAACCAAUAAUAUAUAAGGUCAAGAUGGUCGUGUACGUUAUUGCAGAUAGGGCCACUCUUGGCUUCAAUAAUAAUCACUAGCAUCUCAUUCAUUCAAUAUUUAUUAAUAGAGUUAAGUAUUUUAUCUUGAAAGUGUUUUUGUCAUCUGCUUACCAGGAAAAUAAAGCUAAUCUGUAAUAAAGAGUAUUUUUCA